GUAAUUGUCCUUCCUGUCCAGUUAUGACUGGGUAACAAGGUCCCAGAACAAGCCAUCAUCUUGAAGAAAGGGGAACAGAAACAUAAAUACAUAUAAAAGAAUGAGGUUAAAAAUCAAGGGGGGAAAGUCAGCGGGGAUUUUUAUGGCGUGACAGAUUUACCAAAUGGAAAUGUCACUUGAUGUUUCCUUACUGUUGACUUACGCAUUGUAGCAGCAUGCACAGAGCUAACGUUGUUAUGUAAUCAUCAAUUCAAUGGAGUAAUUGACGGCUGUGCAGCGCUCUGUUCUGACGCACGGAGAUGAAGGGGGUGCUUCCGGGUCGCACUUCAGGAUGGCCCUUAACAAAUCCAUGCAUCCAAGGAACAGAUAUAAAGACAAACCUCCAGAUUUCUCAUAUUUGGCAUCAAAGUAUAAAGAAUUCCAGCAGCAUGUGCACACAAACUUGACUGGGAAAGUGAGUUUAAAUUUUAAAGAUCCCGAGGCAGUCAGAGCCCUUACGUGUACUUUACUGAAGGAGGACUUCGGACUUACAAUUGACAUCCCGUUGGAGAGGUUGAUUCCUACCGUUCCAUUGCGGCUCAACUACAUACAUUGGGUUGAAGACCUGAUCGGCAGUGGCACUAAUAAAAGUGAACUGAUUCGAGGAAUUGACAUAGGAACUGGUGCCUCUUGUAUCUAUCCUCUGCUUGGGGCCACUAUGAAUGGUUGGUUCUUCCUUGCAACUGAGGUGGAUGACAUGUGUUUUGACUAUGCAACAAAAAAUGUGGAGCAGAACAAUCUUUCUGACCUCAUUAAAGUGGUGAAAGUACCUCAGAAGACCCUGUUGAUGGAUGCUCUGAAAGAGGAAUCAGAGAUUGUUUAUGAUUUCUGUAUGUGCAACCCACCAUUCUUUGCAAAUCAAAUGGAAGCUAAGGGUGUAAAUUCCAGGAAUCCAAGUCGCCCGCCUCCCAGUUCUAUAAAUACAGGUGGAAUUACUGAAAUAAUGGCUGAGGGUGGAGAGUUGGAAUUUGUGAAAAGAAUCAUCCAUGAUAGCCUUCAAUUGAAGAAGAGACUGAGGUGGUAUAGCUGCAUGUUGGGAAAGAAAUGCAGUUUGGUUCCAUUGAAAGAAGAACUUCGACAACAAGGGGUCCCUAAAGUCACCCAUACGGAAUUCUGUCAAGGACGAACCAUGAGGUGGGCUUUGGCAUGGAGUUUUUAUGAUGAUGUAAUUAUGCCUUCUCCUCCAUCCAAGAAAAGGAAACUGGAGAAGCCACGGAAGCCCAUUACCUUCACGGUGUUGGAACCUACAGUUAAGGAACUGCGGAAUAAAGUUGCAAGUUCAGACCCCGUGUCUUCCGAAGCCAUUGAGGUGGUAACGGCAGUAAUAGAAAAAAUUCUUACUGAGCUGAAGGUCCUUUUUAAACGUGUGCCCUGUGGUAAAGAUGAAGUAAGUUUAUUCCUAACGGCCAUCCAGAACUCUUGGGUCCACAUCCGCCGUAAGAAACGAGAUAGAGUGAGACAGCUUCGGGAACUCCCCAGAGCCACAUCAGAUGUGUUGCAAUCUGCCGAAGUAGAGAGUACCCCUGAAAACAAUUCCAGUGCUACCACUGGUCCUGACGGAGCUGAGGGAAGCAAUGUCGGAGCAGGCGAAACAUCAGCUGAAAACGAAGAGGAGCUCCCAGUUAAUGGGGGUAAUGGUCUCUUGAAUGUGAUGGCGGCAGAUCAAGAAAGCAAUAUGGAAACUGAAGAAAAGUUUAAAUGUCAUGAGAGUGGCUCUACUAGCUGUGGAAUUGAUGAUGCAGUUGAGCAGGAAAAAGCCAGUUCCACUGGAGCAAACCCAGAAGUGGACAAAACUCCAAAAGAGAGUGCGAGCUGCUUUUUGUUCAAGUGCCUAAUGAAUGUGAAGAAGGAUGGAAAGAAUGCCCACGUAGAAAUGCACUGGGUUGAGGGUCAGAAUAGGGACCUAAUGAACCAGCUCUCAACCUAUCUGCGAAAUCAGAUUUUCAAACUUGUAGUUAGUUAAAGGAAUACUUUUAUCUUGUCAAUAUAUAUGCUGUAUUUUCUUUUUUAUUCUUGGUUCAGUAUCACACAGAUAAAUUUUCAGAUUUCUUAUCUAUAGUUUUACUGGCUUUCGAUUUGCCAGGGUUUUGUGCAUCUUUUAACCAAGUGCAUAUGCAGUUAGCAUCCAGUGAUCUCCCCUCUCCAGAUGUACCAUUCAAACAAAUAUAAAAAGAAUUGCUGUCCUCUUAUGACUCAAACAAUCAAAUAUUCCCAUGUUUUGGUGCUAAUUCACCAGGAGAUUCAUCUGCAAAGAUCUGCUCAAUUAGCUGAUUCCAACCAAGGAGAUACAGAAUCCCCUGUAAUGAGAGGAUGAUUAUACUUGAGCAACAAUUGAAUUUCUCAGUGACAACUGAUGAUUACAUAAGAGUACUAUAGUUGCAAGAUAAUUGCAGUUGAGGCAGAUAUUUCAGAUCGCUCGUUCAAAAUGAAUAUCAUACUCCACUUUGCAGCACCCAGUUUGUUCUAGAAUGAUGCCAGAGUUUUUACAUCCACUAUUCUAUUUGGUAGGCUUUUCAAUAUCUUCAACCCCCUUUGUAUGCAGCAGUUCUUCUUAUGCUGCUGUUCAUGUUCCUAUCCUUGUUUUGCACCUUCCAGAUUUGGGAUACGCGCAAGCUUCACUGCCUCAUCUGUAUCCCAAUAAGCUCACAUUUCUGAUGAAUCCCAGUGUCCUUGUAGACAGAACAGAAUUCCUGAGGUACUGGAACGAGAGGGGGAGAAAGUGAAAACUGGAAAAGAAGUUGAAAUGGAUUCAAAAGCAAGAUCAAAGAAUCUGGAUUUUGUAAGGUGUUAGAGUGGAUUUUGAUUCCUUCCUGGUCAGAAGCACUCAUGGCUAUUCAUACCUGAGGCAUUUCUGUUUGGGGGAGAUUUUGAAGAACUCUAGAAAGCUCAGGUCUUUGGACCUAGCAAGGAGCAAUUACCCUCUGGGGAAAAUAAAUAUUAAGUUUUAAAUGUUAUAUUCAAAAAUAAAUACUGAAGUGUC